AGGGGUAAGUACGCAAUUCCGUAAUUUCAGUAUACUUUCUAUUGUCGAACUUUAAAGAUAUUUUUUGACAGAAUGGCGCGAUUCACGAGAGUUCAAGUAAAUCAAAGCACUUGGGAGUUUCCAGACAUAUACGAGAUCGUGAGGCCCAUGGGCGAAGGUUCCUUUGGUCAGGUGGCCAGGAUGAGGCUACUUGGCGGUCAAAUGGAUGAUGUGGCCAUGAAGAAGCUGGUGCAGCCUUUCGAGAGAGAAGAGGAUGCCAAGGGCGCCUAUCGCGAGAUUCGCCUGCUGAAGCACAUGGAUCACCGGAAUGUUAUCAGCCUGCUCCAUGUUUUUCAUCCCCCGCUGCAAGGGAACGAUUUUCAGCAGGUCUAUCUGGUGACUCAACUGAUGGACGAGAACCUGCACAGAUUUUCCCGCUCAAACAGGAUCUCCCAGUACCAAAUUAGGUACAUCCUCUACCAAAUAUUGCGAGGUCUAAGGUACAUUCACAGCGCCGGCGUUCUUCAUCGCGAUCUGAAGCCCGGUAAUAUAGCGAUUAAUCAAAAUAUGGAGGUGCGAAUUCUCGACUUCGGUUUGGCCCGUUUGUCCAGCAAAAAUAUGUCGGACUAUGUUGGAACCGUUUGGUACCGGGCCCCCGAACUGCUCUUCCUCCGGGAUCAGUACACAAAUGCCAUCGAUAUGUGGUCUGUCGGUUGCAUCCUGGCGGAACUUAUCUCUGGUCAUGUCCUCUUUCCUGGCGACUGCUAUUUUAAUCAACUAGAGCGCCUGCUGGACAUAAUGGGCUCGCCGUCGGAGGAGUUCAUCAGCGGCAUAAACAUGAAGCAUUCUCGUAAUUACCUGGAAAAGUACGGCUAUCGCGAAAAACGCCACUUUCCGCAAAUGUUUCCGAAUGCCGAUCCUUUGGCCCUGGAUUUGAUGGAAGAAAUGCUGGAAAUGCUUCCCGAAAACCGUAUAACAGCGGAUGAGGCCAUAAAUCAUCCAUUUCUUAGGGAUUUCAUUGAGCCUCACCAUCGUGACGAGGACCUCGCACCAGCCUAUGAUCAAAACUUUGAAAAUAUGGUACUCCCUGUUAAUUGCUGGAAGGAACUUAUUUCCCACGAAAUUCAGAAUUUUAGACCACCUCCAUUUUAUGCGGAAGCUUUGGAAAGGUCUUAUAUGCAGCAGUAG